AUGGAUGUUUACGUGGCGGGCGCCUUCGCUGCUUUUACAGUCGAUAUGCUGAUAUACCCGUUUGAUACUCUCAAAACGAGACUGCAGAGCCGGGAUUACCUCAAGACAUAUGCGCAAGACGGCAAAAAUAAUGCGCUGGCCCUGCGAGGACUAUACCAGGGAAUCGGAAGUGUCGUCUUGGUUACGUUGCCCGCAGCUGGCGUGUUUUUCUCCACGUACGAACUGUCCAAGACGACCAUUGCGAAGAUAUCGUCGGUGCCCUUGCCUGUCGUGCACUCUGUCGCCUCUGCCAUGGCAGAGGCAGCCUCGUGCCUGGUGCUUACACCCGCCGAGCUGAUCAAGCAGCAUGCGCAGAUGAUGCAGUCGAAUGGCAACAGCAAGAAGACGGGCUCGACAUCCUUGAAGGCAUUUCGCGCACUAUACGAAGCCGGCGUCGGACGACGGCUUUUUACGGGCUACACGGCGCUCCUGGCGCGGAAUCUGCCUCUGACGGCGAUGCAGUUUCCCAUUUUUGAGCACCUGCGGUCGAAAAUAUGGGCGACUAGGCCGCGACGGGAGCCCGGGCACCAGCGGAUCCUGGAGACGGGUGCAAUCGCGGGUGCGAGCGCGGCCACUGCCGGUGCCAUCGCUGCCUUCAUCACGACCCCCAGCGACGUAGUCAAGACGCGCAUGAUGCUCUUGACGGGCGGUAGCGAAAACUCUACCGCGUUUGAGAAAGGCGGCACAAGUAGGAACAUGGGAGCGCAAAGGCCAUGGCGCGUGGCGAAGCAGAUUUAUCGCGAAAACGGGACAAAGGGCCUCUUUCGAGGCGGCGGUUUGCGGUCGACCUGGACGGCCGUCGGCAGCGGGCUGUAUCUCGGGACGUACGAUGCUGCCAAGCUUUGGUUGGGCGGUGGUAAGGAUGCGGCUGAGAAAUCUGUAUAA